UCGGCGUGUGCGGUUGAGGCGGGGAUCGCUGCUGCCGGUCUCUCGUUUUCAUCACAGACACUUCUGCUACAAAGAUGGUCAAUGUACCUAAAACCCGAAGGACUUUCUGUAAAAAAUGUGGCAAGCACCAGCCUCACAAAGUGACCCAGUAUAAGAAGGGCAAGGAUUCCCUGUAUGUCCAAGGAAAGCGGCGCUACAACUGGAAGCAGAGUGGCUACGGCGCGCAAACAAAGCCAAUUUUUCGAAAGAAGGCCAAAACUACAAAGAAGAUUGUGCUCAGGCUGGAGUGUGUUGAGCCCAACUGCAGAUCUAAGAGGAUGUUGGCCAUUAAGAGAUGCAAGCAUUUUGAACUGGGAGACGACAAGAAGAGAAAGGGUCAAGUGAUUCAGUUCUAAAACUUGUGUUUUCUGAGAGGAAAUUACUGAAGCAGUAGAAAAAUGACCUGCUAGAGAAUAAAAGUUAUUGUUACUGGUAAAAAAAAAAA